CGCACUGUGAGAAAAAUCCCCAAAAAGGGAAGAAUCCUCUUCUCGAGGGGAUAAAAAAAAUAUUCUAAAAUACUUGGUUGCAUUCUUGCUGGGAUGACGGAUCAACUUUCGCAAAUAAUUCCAGUUUUUGUCGUCUUGGGAAUUAUUCUUCUGAUUGUUUGCUGCUUUCUAUGCUGCAGCAUCUAUUCUGAUCGAGAAAUCCCAAGACAUAAAAUUGUGGUGUCGGUGGUGUCGGAUGCGGAGCUCUCACUACAACCAUCUGCUAAAAAGGACCCUAUGGCCCGUGAUCCUAGUCGAUUAACAUACUUUGGAAGGUAUAUGGGAACGAAGGCUGAACUCUAUGGUCCAUUGCGUCCAAAUGAAUUACCUUCAGCUCCCAUUGAACCUGAUCCACCGUAUCCUCUUGAGGAAACCAUGCCUGUACCAACAUCUCCGGAGAAUGGCAAUGCAAUUGCAAGUCCGGAAGCUCAACGUCCAAUUGGAUUUACUGCUGAAGUUCACAGUUCUGCAGGAACGCCACCACCACACUCUCCACGUUCUCCAAUUUCUCCAGUAGCCAAUCCUCCGUAUCCUGUUGAGGGCUUAUCGAGAACUCCCUCGAUAAGAAUGCCAGAACCACAUGCUCAACCACUAAAUCCUCAACCAUUGAAUCCUCAACCUCAGAAUGUUCAACCACUAAAUCCUAAGAAUCUUAGGGAUGGAAACCCACCGUCUUACGAAGAUGUCAUGGCCAAUAAAACCUUCUACGUGACUCCGGAGCAGAAAUAAAACUCCCGGACAGCCAGAAAACUUCUUCCUAUCAUCGAUAAAGCAUGUCUACCUCAUAUAUUAAAGGAAAUGUUGUCAGGAUUUUUUUCCAAGAUGUAAUUAAAUGUACAAAUUUUAUUUAUUUAAAUAAAUUUUGUGAUUA